CAGCUCCGGGGAUGGUUCGUCACCUGAAGGCCGACUGUUCGUCCCAGCCGCUGGGCCUCUCGUUCAGCUGGGCCAACCCGACCAAGAACGCAUUCGGCAUCGUCAGUUACCGGAGCCAGUAUCAGUGCCAUCACCCUGUGACGGGUCACCAGGUGGUCAGCAAGUUCUGGCACAGCUGCCACCACACCCAGUGUCCCUGCGCCUCCUCCCAGGCCCGCUCCGACCAGUGCGGCGCCUGCGAGCGCGUCUGCAACUACCCGGUGAAGCGGUUCAACUUCAUGGGAGAGCGGACCUACUACUUCAACUGCACGUGCGAGCUGCGGGAAGCGACUGACGCACCCGUGAUGCCCGGGAGUGAGUGUCAGGUGACGGUUCAGGCGGAGUCGAAAUAUCUCCAGCAGCGCGGGGAAACAGCCCUGGCGGUGUGUCGGACGCCAGAGUACACGGCCAAGGUCACUGACCUGAAGGUCAGCUGUGAGGGUCACACGCUGACCCUGUCCUGGGACGUGCCGAGACCUGUGGAGGUGCCCACCAAGGCGUAUCAUGUGAAUGUCCAGCGGAGUACGAGAGAUACCGGUCAGAUGGAGAAGUUCGUCCAGGAAACUCUGGGAGAGAGCCAGUGUGACCAGAGCCGGUGCCGUGCCGCGUGGUCGGGCGUGGAGGGCGACAUCACCUACGUGAUUGAGGUAGCGGCAGAGUCUGUGUACUCCACACCGCAUGUCGGACCUGCCGCGAAGAGUCGCUGCCUGUCUCCGGCUCGAGUUCCGUCGCCUCCUUCUGAGAGCGUUCAGCAGCAGCUGGAGACGCUGUCCGGCUGGCGAGAGGACCUGGACCCGUCCCGCCAGUACCUGCUGCGACUGCCGAGUCACAUGUAUGACGCAGCGGCGGGAAUUCUCAGGGAAGUUCGAGUGGUGGUUUACGAGCCCGGCGCCGCCACUAGCGACAUCAGCCCCCUUCCACCGCCGUCUGGCAACAUCACUCAGCUGCCCCAGGCGACCACCUGGCAACAGUUCGAGCUCAAUCGGACCAGUCAUUACCUGGCGUCGCCUCCCGCAUUCAUACCAGAUAGCGCCGCGACCGAACCCACAGAGUUUGUGUUGGGCGGUAACACAUCCUGUUCCACCUCUACGACUCCUGUCCUGUCGGAGGACCCUCGCUGUAACGGUCCCCUGCAGCCCAACACAACAUACGCCGUCCAGCUGAUGUUCGUCAAUGAUGCCGGAUUCGUCUCUUCCCGGCCCUUCAUAUUCCGCACCAAAUCUGUGCAAGAAGCCCAGCAAGAGGAGGCUGAGCGAACAAAAGCCGAGACGGAAAAGGCUGAGGCCGAGCGCGCAAAGGCCGAGGCCGAGGUCGGAAAGAGCGACGAAAAGCCUCCGGACAUCACAAUACAGCAGACCCAACCAAACGUCGACCCGUUGAGUGGUUCAGACGAUGGAUGGCGGGAGACGGUCGGGAAAGGUGACCGAUCUGGUGACCUUCCGAAGCAGCAGGCUCUCCCGGCCGGCACGGCUAGGAUGGGGGACGGAGAGGGUAUCCCCCCGGCCGACAAUGGGACCACUGAGGUGCCGGCUAACGCCACCACGUCUGAGCCGGGCGUGGCGGUGGGCACGGCCGUGGGCGCGUCGGCGGGCGUGCUGGCGGCGCUGAGCUCCAUCUGUGCCGGCGCGCUGCUCUGGAGGCGGCGAUCCAGGGCAUCCGGUUCAUAGCUGCCGCCGGUUCAGAGUUAAUUGAUGUCUAUUUGGAUCAGCUUUGGCACUGCGGAUCGGAGGCAACACAACGGCAAGAAGCAUGGAUGGCGAAGCGAGAAAAGAAAGCUGUGUUGCAGAUAUGGGGAGCGCAAAUGUCUUGACACCUGAUAAGUCGACAGAGAGCUUGGACGAAGCGAUAACGACGAAUGUGAUACAAGCACGAUGCGAUCGAAUAUUCGUUUCUCGAGUGAGAAGACUUAACUGAUAGAAGUGAUAUGCGAGCCCAGAGCCGUACGGUUGAGUGGUAUUAAUGUAUACGAAUACAUCUGCCUACAUGUCAGCCCUCCGACAGGUUAUCCAUAAACGGGCUGCUAUCAAUGAAGCCGUGCUCAAAUUGACGUAGUCAAACGUUUUAAAUGCAUUGAUUUCGGACGUACGGCUAGUUCAAAAGUCGCUUCCCUCAGUGCCUAUUUUCUGGUUAUUCGCAUAUUUCAUGGAAUCCAUUUGUGUGUCAAGAAUUAACAACAAAGCACAAAUCCAAGGCUAGGAUUCAUUUAGAAUGUUUCAUAAAAUGUAUUACAAAUGCAUUUAUCAUUCUAUGAGCUACAAUCUCGCUGGAAAAAAGAACUUAUCGUGUUCUCGUAAUGCCAUGGUUCAUGAGCAAAUGAUCAAAAAAUAAUAUAUUUUGAUUUACUUU